AUGGUACCCACAGAUCCUACUUUCCCUUUGGUUCCUGUCGCGAACUUGUUGUGUGCGGUCGGCCUGUUGGCGCUGCUGAUAGUCAACUUUGUCAGGAGGUCGCAUGCUUACAACUUCGCAGUCAACAUCCUAGCUCUCGCUCUCUUCUUCGAAACCUUGUUCAUUGGGAUCAACGCAAUUAUAUGGGCUGACAAUGCCGACCUCAAGGCCUUCGUGUACUGUGACAUUGUAACUCACGUGCAAGUGUUCUCAUACAUAGCGAAGCCAGCUUGCACGCUGUUGAUCACCCGACAACUCUAUCACGUUACGACAUCAAGAUCUCUGGAUAACAACUUCAUCAAGCAGCGAAGACGGGACAUCACCAUCGAACUUGCGAUUGGUGUAGGGUUGCCUGUCCUAGUUGCUGGCGCUCUAUAUUAUAUCGUCCAGCCCUCGCGGUUCAUGAUAGUCGAAGCGUUCGGCUGCUUCAGCGUAUCGGAAACGAUCGGCCUGUCCAUCCUGCUCAUGCCCUCGUGGAUCGUCACUCUGCCUCUGUUCUCGGCCAUAUACUACUGUCCGCGCAUCAUAAGGUUCUUCAUGGGACGCAGGAAGCUGCACGCCGAGGCCCAAUCGCAGGAGUUCGACAACCCUCGCCAAGCGUGGCAUGAUGGGGGCGUGCGCCUCCUGAUCCUCGGGUGCCUUGAUAUCAUCUUGACCCUUCCCAUGGGGGCCUUCAACCUUGGUGAUGGGAUAUACGGCGCAGUGUCCGGGGGAGACUUCAUCUUCUAUCCCGGAUGGGCCGCUAUGCACGCGGACUGGGCGCCUUUCUCGUACUCGUACGCGGAACUUAAGCUUGAUGGUCGCCUAGGUCUCAUCGAACAAUAUAUGGCUAUCUCGACUUCUGUCAUCCUAGGAUAUGCUAUCAUCGCGCUAUUCGGUUUUGCAAAGCCUGCCAGGGCGGUAUACGGGCAGCUCUUUUGGGCUAUCAUCAGCCUCGUCGGGAUCAAACCGCCCGAGAGACAAGAUCCCAUGGCCGACGGGCAAUCCCUGCACUUUAAGACCAACGUCAUCGAGUCAACAGCGGGUGACUACACAGCGACAGCGCCGUCCGGCGGCCCGCCCACGAUUGGCGCUGUGACCUUGGCUUAUGCUUCUACGUUUAGUCUAGGCCAUUAUUCCAAAGGUAGCAAUGCCGUCGAGACUACGGGCAAAGACAUACACGCUGCAUAA